CUGCCGUCUCGGACGCUGGACUAAGACAGGCGGCAACGGGCCCUCAUCUUCAACGUCGACGACAGCAUUGCGACUAUGCGAUGAUGGAUUUACGGCGCCGGCCCUCGGUGACCUCACGCCUCUCCUUUGCCGUCAGCAAUGCUGAGCGUGGCGAGUCUGUAGACCUGCCAGCAGCUGUCGCAGCCGACCAGCAGAUCGAGGAGGAAAUCGCCGAGAUCAAGAGAUACGAGGACUUCACAACCAUUGAUUGGGUCCAGGAUGCCGCCCAGGAACGACAGCGCCGGAAAGCGCGCCGGAAGCGCACCGCCGGCCUCUACGACAGCGGCCAGGUCGACUGGAGGCACAGGCUGUUUGCCCUGUACGAGGCCGCCCAGGGGUGGAUCGUCAUCACCAUCAUCGGCGCUGCCAUCGGCCUGAACGCUGCCUUCCUGAACAUCAUCACCGAAUGGCUGGCCGACAUCAAGAUGGGACACUGCACCACUGCUUUCUAUCUCAACGAGAACUUCUGCUGCUGGGGCGAGGACAACGGCUGCCCCGAGUGGCAUCGUUGGACCGGCUUUGAGCCUGCCAACUACAUAGUCUACAUCAUCUUUGCGACCAUGUUUGCCUUUGUCUCCGCCACUCUUGUCAAGUGCUAUGCGCCUUAUGCCGCGGGUUCGGGCAUCUCCGAGAUCAAGUGCAUUAUCGCCGGGUUUGUCAUGAAGGGCUUCCUUGGCUUUUGGACCCUCCUGAUCAAGUCCAUCUGUCUCCCCUUGGCCAUUGCUUCUGGCCUGUCUGUUGGCAAGGAGGGGCCCAGCGUCCACUAUGCCGUCUGCACUGGCAACGUCAUCUCCCGCCUGUUUGACAAGUACAGGCGCAGUCGCUCCAAGACCCGUGAGGUCCUCAGCGCCUGUGCGGCUGCAGGCGUGGCCGUGGCCUUUGGAAGUCCUAUUGGUGGCGUCUUGUUCUCCCUCGAAGAGAUGAGCAGUUACUUCCCCCUCAAGACCAUGUGGCGGAGCUACUUCUGUGCGCUUGUCGCGACGGUCGUGUUGGCCUUCAUGAAUCCCUUCAGGACUGGUCAGCUCGUCAUGUUCCAGGUCACCUAUGACCGGUCCUGGCACUUCUUCGAGACUCCAUUUUAUGUGCUGAUCGGCGCCAUGGGCGGUCUAUACGGUGCCUUUGUCAUCAAGUGGAAUCUGCGAUACCAGGCAUUCCGAAAGAAGUACUUGUCAAAAUAUCCUGUCCUCGAGGCAACUCUCCUGGCGACCGCGACUGCCAUCGUUUGUUACUAUAACGUCUUCCUCAGGAUCGAAAUGACGGAGAGUAUGGAGAUCCUUUUCCUUGAGUGCGAAGGGACGGAGGACUACCACGGUCUCUGUGAUGCUCCUAACCGACUCUGGAACAUCGCUUCUUUGCUUUCGGCGACCAUAAUCCGGAUCUUUUUCGUGAUCAUCUCGUAUGGUUGCAAGGUACCCGCGGGUAUUUUCGUGCCGUCAAUGGCUGUUGGGGCUUCAUUUGGCCGGGCGGUUGGCAUCAUUGUGCAGGCCAUUCACGACGCAAAUCCUGACAGUGUCUUCUUCUCAGCCUGUGAGCCUGACGUACCGUGUAUCACGCCAGGUACCUACGCUUUCCUUGGUGCAGCAGCAGCGCUCAGCGGCAUCAUGCAUAUUACAGUGUCGGUCGUGGUCAUCAUGUUUGAGCUCACCGGGGCGCUUGUCUAUAUAUUGCCCACCAUGAUUGUCGUUGGUGUCACAAAGGCUGUCAGCGACCUCAUCGGGGGCGGAGGCAUUGCGGACCGCAUGAUAUGGUUCAGCGGUAUGCCGUUCCUUGACGGCAAGGAAGAGCACAACUUCGGGGUGCCUGUUUCCCACGCCAUGACAACGGACGUCGUCUCCAUCCCGAUGUCCGGCUUGACGCUCCAGCAGGUCAAGCAAUUACUCGCCAAUGGGAACUAUCAAGGUUUUCCUAUUGUCGAAAACGAUCAGAACAAGAUCAUUGUGGGAUACAUUGGUCGUACUGAGCUGCAAUACGCCGUCGACCGGCUCAGGAAGCAGCGUUCUUUGAACCCACAGGCGAAGUGCAACUUUGCGUCGUCCAACAAUGUGGCGCCCACAACACCAUCCACAACACCGUCGAUCACGGUCCUCGCCGAUCCCAUGUCCUCGACGUCCAUCGAUUUCACCCGUUACGUGGACUUGACCCCAGUGACAGUACACCCCCGCCUACCGCUGGAGACGGUCAUAGAGCUCUUCCGCAAGAUCGGGCCUCGAGUCAUCCUGGCUGAGCACCAUGGCCAGCUGAAAGGACUGGUGACGGUCAAAGACUGUCUCAAAUACCAGUUCAAGGCGGAGGCUUCCGAGAACCCCCGGGAUGACCAGCACAUUCUACAGUCGCAGGAGAAGCUGUGGGGGGUGUUCCAACAAGUGGCGGGCUGGGUGUCGUCCAAGGUUAACAGUGCCUCUGGCGGGCGGAUACGGUUGAGUGGCACCACUGACGAAACAGACGGUCUCAUCAUGGACGGCACUGAGCAGGUCGAGGAUGAAGGGCUUGAAUUAGAGAGUAGAGGUCACGAUGACAGGCGUUAGGUAUUGGAUAUUUGUUAGCUGAAAUGCAAUCACUUAGAGCACAAAA